GGAUUAUAGAAACGGUUUCUCUGCUUCUCCUCAAAAACUCGUAAGCCAUCGUUUCUCUCGCCCCAGAAUCGUUCAGACCUAAUAGAAACUCGGAAAAUUCAAAGAAAGAGAAAAAGAUUGAUAAAACGGAAACUUGAAGAAAAUCAAAUUCACAUUCGAAAUUUCAUAUACGAAUCAGAGUCAGAAUCGAAUCGCAGCAGUAGGUGAAAAAACAAUCUCUCCUUCAUGAGAUUUUGUUCACAUUUCGGAGAGAUUUUUUGCGCCCGUAAACGAUCGCUCCCUCAACAAAGCUGGGAGCACGCGACCUGAAAAGAACAAGACUAGCAUAUGUGCCAUGCUGCGGAGCCCAUGUGCAGUUAAAAAGUUGAGCGCACUGAACCCGACACCAACCACUCUGGGCUGGAUUUGGACCGAGGUCAAGCCCCUUCAUUAGGUGGGCCUCACCACAUGUGUACCAUAGCUCAAAAAUCAGACAUGACUGGUCAUUAUACCCAAUCUACAGCUAUGGAUAAAGCUGCUAAUGUGAUCCUAGAUAUUGAGAGCCUUGCACAGUCCUUGGAUAAAUGCUCAGGAAGUCCAAAACUCACUAGAGCUCUCUCUCGCAAGGGUUCUUGUCGAAUUGAUAGAAAGAUCCCUGAAGAGCAAGAAACAGAAGAAGCGUCAAAGAAACUUGUUGUAAAAGGUAAGAGAUUGGUGAGUUCACAGCUGGAGCCAUUGAUAUCAAACAAACCUCUGGUCUUGGUCACCUCUUCAUCAAAUAGCACUGGUCUCUCUGAUGGCAGUGACGGAAAAAGUAAGAGAUUUAACCGAUUCAUAACUGUCCACCCAAAGGAGAUCCUUCUCAUCUUUGCCACACUGUCCAGCAUGGGGACGUUGAUACUCAUUUACUUCACUCUCUCCGUUAACAGAACAGGUGGCCCCUGAAAGGGUUAGGUAAGGAACAACAGCUGUUUAUUACAUGGGAAGGAUAUGAAGCGUUCUCUCUCUCUCUCUCUCUCUCUCUCUCUCUCUCUCUCUCUCUCUCUUUCUUCACCUUCUCUCUAUAUUUCAACGGGAGACAGCUUCUAAAAGCUUAUGUAUGGUCAAUGCCAAUAUUAAGAAAAUCUUCCUAUCUCUGGUGACCAAAAGACACAGCCCAACUGUAAAAGACUCCUCCCCAGCAACUCCAUAAAGAGCAGUGAAGGGGGAAUCCAUUUUUGUAAUAAUUCCAUUAAUUGGAGGCCAUCAUCCGCCACAAAAGUUUUGUAUACAAAGCUUUGUAGGGUUGGGUCCUUA